AUGAUUGAUGCCACCAAAAGAUCCGAUUGGAGAGCCAUGACAGAAAAUGCCACACUGGCUACGGAUUCGGCUAGCAUGCCAUCGAAAUACAGCAUCGGUGCGGCUUCUCGACAGGGGCGUCUUAACAAGGAGGCUAAUCAAAUACGCUGCCGGGUUCAACAGUUGCUGGAGGCGGUAGCCGCACACCAACAGAAGCGUGGACGAAAGUCGUCGGACACUGCGACAAAGGCAGUGUGCAACAGUAGUAGUGGCAGCAACAGUACGGCGGCUGGAAUGGCGGCACUAUUUGUGCGCAAAAAUCUUGGGGUUGCGUCUCUGUUCUCCUCCUCGACCACGGUGUCUCUGAACGCCAGGCAUUUGCGGAUGAAUCGACAAUUGACGGCACGUGACAUGAUCCUGGAAGCCAUUCUGAAUCUCUCCACACGCAGAGCCGCGCCCUGGUUCAAGGCGGGCAUUCGUACUGGUGGGGGACUGGAUGGUGUGGCUGACGCCACAAUCGAUGCUGUGGACUACCUCAAGGACCUCUGCACCUUCGACGCACCCGGUGGAAGGUCUAACUUCUUUGUCUCCACUGCGAAGAACCCCACUGGUUUGGACGAGUUCUCGUUGGACAAUUUAAAAAGGGUCGGACAUUACGCGAAAAUGCUGGAAAAUAUGACCUACAUGAACCCGGACAAUCAAACCCACCUGGUGCGUUACAAGGAGCGCGUUCUGAUCGAUCGAUUGGUCCAGUGCAUUCGUCUCUGUGCCUCCCGUCUCCCACGUCAUGCACCACCCUCCGUUUCCUGGACAGAACUCCUGUGGAAGGAGUCGGAGGAGAAGACAUCUGGUCAGCAGGAACAGAACCAACCUCCCACCUCCUCCACUGAAGGUGUCAAACCGGCAGCUUCUACUGAAGUGGAGUUUCAACAGGAUCAGCAGACUCUCCUAACCUGCCUUCUUGCGAUAUUUCGCCUAUUUGUAAAUGUCUCGCACAGUGAAUAUGCUAGCGAUCGACUGGGCGGAUGUCCAGACCUGCUGGAGGCCACUCUAGACUGCCUCUUCCACCUACCAGAUCGUCUACCCUCUUCCCGACGAUUUGACCUUCUCAUUCUCGUCCUCUGUCUCCUGGCCAACCUUUGUGAACACUGCCCAGAGAAUCGAAUUCGAGUUGUUCAUCUGGAAGUUCGCAGUCCAGAGAGUUCGACCGAUGGUGGUGGUAGUGGUGGUGCUAAUGGCGAGGGUGUCAGUCUAGCCGAUGUAGGAUACGAGGACGACGAAACGGAGGGCGAUAGUGGGUCUCCGCGCUUGACCACCUCUCCACGCGUGCCUACAGUGUCAGCAUUAGACGAGGUAGUGAAGCUCUUCCUCUAUCGUGAGAAGAAGACUCUCAUGCACGAGUUUGAGCGGGAGGAGGAGGAGGUGGAGGGAAGAGAGAAGAAGACUGAGGAAGCUGACUCUACAACGACGACCACAUCAGCUCUUCAGCGACCAAAACCACCUCUCUCCCUAUUAACUGACAGCGCAACAGAGACGAUUGAAGAAGCGGGACUGAAGUGGCGUCUUGUUGGUGGAAAUAGGCAUGGUUGUGGUAGGGGAGGAAGCACUGACUCCUCAAUACCCGGUGCUGCUUCCCGAUCUUCAAAGUCCUUGAAGCGCUCACGAAUGCGUGCAAAACGAAGACGACGUCGUCAAACCCUGUUGCGACGUGGAGGUGGUGAGAAGAGAGCCAGACUCGAUGGAGGAAUGAGUUCUGAAGAUGAAGAGGAGGAGGAUGAAGAAGACGAGGAAGAGGAAGAUGAGGAUGAGAUGUGCAGUGACGAGGACGAGGGUAGUGAUGGAAGUGAAGAAGAAGAUGAGUAUGAUGAGGACGACGAGUUGUGUGGAGGAGCUGAUGUGGAAUUUGUUGCGGAGACGCAAGAGGAACAAGAGAAGUUGAAGGAACGCAUGUCCUCUGCCAAUCAGCAUAUGGAAGACUCCGUGGUUGCGGCCUAUGCCGCUCUUCUCCUCGGUUGCAUCCUACAAUCCAGUCCUCGGUAUGCUGAGCGCAUCCGCUCACGUCUCCCUGAACCUGGAAAAUUCCGUCCACUAGCCAUUAUGCUAGCCAAACUCCUCUCAUUCCUCUCCCUCGCGCGCGGUGUCGAAACAGCCGGCUCAGAGUCCAUCCUGCGCAUCGUGCGUACUCUCGAGGCGCAGGAUCAGCCCCAACAGCCGUCCACGUCGAAAUCGCCGACGAUUUCGCGACCUGGACCCACCCCUCCGGUUACUCGGUCGGCGCUGCGCGCCCGACACGACUCCUGA